AUGGCGAUCAUCCACGUCGUGAUGUUCGAGUUCAAACCCUCGACCGAGCUUUCCACAAUCCAAGACGCAUGCAACCGCAUGGUCGACCUCCGCAACCAAUGCAUCCACCCCGCAUCCAAGAAACCUUACAUCACGACUUCCUCCGGCGGGCGGCAGAAUAGUUCCGAAAGCACCAAGGCGGAUUAUUCGCACGCUUUCGUGGUGGAGUUCGCCAGCGAGGAGGACCGGAAGUAUUAUGUGGAGGAGGACCCGGCACAUUUGGAGUUCAAGAAGAGCUUGAAGGGGGUGGUGGAGAGGGUGGGGGUGGUAGAUUAUACUCCGGGUGUGUAUUAA